AAAGAUUUUGUCAAGCUUGAAAGGGUUCAGAAAAGAUUUACAAGGAUAUUGCCAGGACUAGAGGGUGUGUGCUAUAGGGAGAGGUUGAGCAGGCUGGGUCUCUGUUCCAUGGAGUGCAGGAGGAUAAGGGGUGAUCUUAUAGAGGUGUAUAAGAUCAUGAGAGGAAUAGAUGCACACUCUUUUGCCGACAGUAGGGAAAUCGAGGACCAAAGGACAUAGGUUCAAGGUGAAGGGGAAAAGAUUUAAUAGGAAUCCGAAGCGUAACUUUUUCACAAAAAAGGGUGGUGGGUUUAUGGAACAAGCUGCCUGAGGAAGUAGUUGAGGCUGGGACUAUCCCAUCAUUUAAGAAACAGUUAGACAGGUACAUAGAUAGGACAGGUUUGGAGGGAUAUGGACCAAGCGCAGGCAAGUGGGACAUUGUUGGCGGUGUCAGCGAGUUGAGCCGAGGAGCCUGUUUCCGCACUGUAUCACUCUGUAUCUAUGAAUCUGUUUCAGGGAUCAUCAGGUGCAUUUUAAAAUCUCUAAAACCAGACGGCAUGGCUCCGAUGGAAAGAGGAGCGAGAUUUAAGAGGGACCUCAGGGGCAACUUUUUCCAUUCAGAGGAUAGUCCAUAGCUGGAACAAGCUGCUGGAGGAAGUUAGAGAAGUGGUUACAAUUAUGAUUUUCAAACGACAUUUGGAUAGAUAGAAGAAAAGGAAUGGUUUAGAGGGAUAUGGGCCAAAUGUUAGCAAAUGGGACUAGCCCUGAAUGCCAAGUUGGCUCAAGUUGGGACAAAGGGCAUGUUCCCAUACUGUAUAGUUCUAUGGCUUUAUGACUAUUCCUUGAAAAAUCUAAGCUUUUAAUACAGAAGCCUGGAUCGUGGUCAGUUGGCUACUGUAGCUCAAGCGGUGGGGUACUCUGCCAAUACUGACUCCAGCUUUAACCAUCAAAAAUUCACAAGACAAAAGUCAAGGUUCUGAACUCAAAUCAGCAAAUCCCAGUCCAUAUUUGUGAACAGAAUAAUUGCCAACAAGCAGACAGAACACUUGAAAAUCCACUUGAUUAUUGUGUGUAAGUAUAUGAAACAAGUCCACCACCCAUCCCCAACUCUGUCAAUAUUGAGAUUGUUACAUGACAGCAGAUUAUUAAUAGCGACACAAUGGAUGAUAAGCUCAGAAAUGCUAGGAUAUUUAUAGCAUAACAAUAGCCUGUGCCCUUGUGUAUAUAAUAGUGGGGAUACAGUCAGGGUUAAAAUAAACUCCAGACACUGCUCUUCAGGCAAUGGACAGAGACCCUCUGCAUCGGACACAGAUAUUCCUGCAUUUUGAACAGAAGCAGCACAUCAUGCCUUCUCAAACUGUGAAGCGUCGUGGCCCAGAGACAUUCUACCACUCCCUGGUGGUGGGAGACCUGGCGCUGGUCCGAGCAAUGGUCAGCGAGUAUCACGAAGAUGUGAACUUGCUCUUCGACAUCUGCCAUGAUGAAAUGGAGUGGCAGGCCAAACCCUUGGCAAUGGGCAUCUCAGGACUCUGGUCUCUGGAGUACAAACGAGAGCUGAGCAGCCCCCUGUGCAUCGCGGCCAGUCAUGGCUACACCAACUGCCUGCAGUACCUGCUCCAGUGCGGGGCCAAGCCCAAUCUGAUUCCAGGAAACAGGAGUGCCCUGCACACAGCCUGCACCAAUGGCCACACCGACUGCGCAGAACUGCUGCUGAAGUACGGCGCCAACCCUAGGCUGCUGACCGAGGAGGGAAUGACCACCCUGCACCUCUGCAACACCCACCCUACCUAUCGGUGUGCAAAAUUACUCCUGACGUACCGUGCAGAUGUCAACCAGUUGACCGAAGGGGACCGUGAAACCCCUUUGCAUGUGGCAGCCAGGCAUGGCCUUCACAAUCAUGCCCACCUCUAUCUAAGAUAUGGGGCCACUGUGGAUGCAAUGAAUGUUGACUGGGUGUCUCCACUGAGCAGUGCCUGUGCCAGCGCAGUGGAAGCAGAGAAACAGAAUGACUAUCUCCAAGUGUGCAAGAUCCUCAUUGCGUACGGUGCCAGCAUGAACUCCGUGGACAAUGAGAAUAGGACCCCACUGCACAAGGCCUCCAGAAACGCCAGCCUCCAGCUGGUCCAGAUGCUGCUGAAGAAUGGAGCAGAUGCAAACCCCAUCGACUACAACGGGUCCUCACCCUUAGCCAAUGCAAUACAGACUGCACCUUUUAAGGAAGAGCUUGAUCCCCAUUGCACCGUACAAGCCUUACUCAAUCACGGAUCCCACAGGGUGUGGCCAGCGGCCUUUCUGAAGGUGUUGAAAAGUUGUGCUGCUUCUCCCAAGACCGUCGAAGUCUUGUUUAACUCCUAUCAACACAUUCAGGUCACAGAGGAGUGGAUAGAAGCUAUACCUGACGAAAUAUUUCAGAUGCAUCGGCCAUUCUACGAGUCCCUCUUUGCUUUAACUUCUGCUCCACGCUCCUUGCAACACCUGUGCCGCUCUGCUGUCCGGAAGCUGUUUGGAAACCAAUGCUCCACUCUCAUUUCCCGGCUAUCGAUCCCAAAAUGUCUGCAUGGAUACCUACUCCUGGAGCCAGAAGGUGUGAUAUAUUAAUCCCUUGCUCACAUUCUCUCAUCUUCCCAUUCCCCGAAAAACAAAUAUUGCAUGAAGUUUAAAGACCUUGUGGAAUCUGCAACCCUGUACAAUUAUUUCAUCAGAUAAGACUUGCGUGUCUGGACCUUGAAGAUUAUGGGGUGCUCAUAUAUAAGAGUGUCCAGUGAUAAAAGGAAAAGCGGCGAUGGAAAGCAAUUAUUUCCUCCAGUGGCUGAAUCCAGAAAUUAAACUUUGGGACAAAUAUUUGUGUGUGAGAGGUAUCUCCUAAGUUCUGCCUCGUAUCUGGCAUAGGAUGUUCGCUCUGCUCACUUGGCGGAAAGGGGCUAGCUUCAAGUCAAGUCAAGUCAAGUCAAGUCAAGUUUAUUUGUCACGUACACAUACGAGAUGUGCAGUGAAAUGAAAGUGGCAAUGCUCGCGGACUUUUGUGCAAAAGACAAACAACCAAACAACCAAACAAAUUAUAAACACAAUCAUAACACACGUAUUCUUUUACAUAAUAAAUAAUGGAAGGAAAUACAUUCAGUAGAGUUAGUCCCUGGUGAGAUAGGCGUUUAAAGUCCGAAUGGCCUCUGGGAAGAAACUCCUUCUCAACCUCUCCAUUCUUACCGCAUGGCAACGGAGGCGUUUGCCUGACCGUAGCAGCUGGAACAGUCCGUUGCAGGGGUGGAAGGGGUCUCCCAUGAUUUUAUUUGCUCUGGAGUUGCACCUCCUGUUGUAUAGUUCCUGCAGGGGGGGGGGGGGGGAGCUUUGUGUCACUUUAACACACAUGAUUGAACUGUGUUAAACAACAGUGAAGUAGAUGGGAAUAUGUAGUGAAUGGAUUGUAUGCAAUAUGCGCAUCUUUCUGUAAUCACGCAUGUGCGUUAUGAUCAAUCAAGGCAUCAGUAUUAAAAGUAAUUUCUAAGCGUGUAUUUUUCCAGAGGAGGUAGUUGAGGCUGGGACCACCACAACGUUUAAAAAACAGUUAGACAGGUACAUGGAUAGGACAGGUUUGGAGGGAUAUAGACCAAUCGCAGGCAGGUGCGACUAGUGUAGCUGGGACAUGUUUUUUUUUUGUUUUUUUUUUUUUUUAUCAAAAAAUGUAUUCAAUAUUUACACUACAAUAAAACAAGCCAGAACCCACCACCAUAAAUACAAUACAAACAUAUAUCCAUAAUAAACUAUUAUACAAUUAUGAUACAAUCCUUAUUGAGGAUACAUUCAACACCCUGCGGAGCCCAGCGGUCCCUGAACUCCCUCAGGGUAGCUGGGACAUGUUGGCCGGUGUGGGCACGUUGGGCCGAAGGGCCUGUUUCCACACUGCACUGACUCCAAGGACUUCCAAAGAUCGAACUACACAUCUCUAGAAAGGUGGAACAUUGUAUUGUGUGAUUGCAAAUACCGUAAGAUUUUAACGUGUUUUGGACGAAUCAUAUGUUGCCUCCUUGUUUCUGAGUUCCGCGGAUGCUUUCACCGUUGCCCUGAACCUGAAGGAUUGCUCUUUUCCCAAUUGCCAUCGUGUUGCUCGUUCAGUUGCCUCGGUGCUGAGCGUUCAGCAGGGGGCGAUAGUGCCACAGGAUUGAUACUCAAUGCCCGAUGACCAUGACCAUUGGCAGGUAUCCUGAGGGAGAGCUCCACCGUCAGUGGGGCAGAGUAAUCCACAGCAUUUAAAAAAAACACCUUUGUUACCUUUCUGCAAGAAAUGGAGAGUGCUUUCAUUCUUGUCACAGUGCAAUGAUCUGACCAGGUCCCUUGGAACAUGGCAGAGAUUGUCACUGUACAUGCAACCAGAGACAGAGACUAAGACUUUUGCCUCCAUCACAGUGAGGAGGUGCUUGGUGAACUCACUGUGGUGGAUGUUAAUUUGUGUUUAUUGUAUGUUUUGUUAUUUAUUGUUACUGUGUAUGACUGCAGGCAACGUAACGAAAGGUCUGAAUGACAAUAAAGGAAUCAAAUUCAAAUCAAAUUCAAAUUCAACCUAUGUCUGUACCACACAUGCAGACUGUACUGCUUGGGAACAGAUGGAACGAAAGUGCUUCCAGUGAGAUGUGCAUAUUGAAAGAGUCAGAGGUUGUUGUGUGUCUCACAACCAGAAAUUAUCAAUGCUAUUUCACUUCAAUGGGAUUCAAACAUUAAUGACAGAACGUUACUGCAAAGAGAAUGCAGCAACGAGAAGUCCAAGUUGCUGCUUGCAUCGCCGGUUUGUAUAUGUCAAGCACGGGUACAACAAACUUGGCUCGCAUAUACACAGGGGAUGAGGGCAGUCGUGAAACCGACAUCACACUACCUGGGUGUCUCCUGACAAUUGUAAUGUAUUCUGCUUUAAGGCCCAUGACAAGCAUACGAUCGUUUUGCUAAAUUUCCAUCGGCUUCCCUUGUUUUCACGUCUGAAAUGACACCCGCAUUUGCUGUCCGCUGAAUGCGUGGCUCGAGAAGAAGUCCUCCUUGCAUCUCUCCGUAUUUGCUUUGCCAUCACUUUUACGACUUGCCCUUACUUUUCCCCUCGAUUUCACGCAGACACUUCUGGUAAAGAGCGUAACCGCACUCCUCCAAAACAAGCCUUGAAAAAAAACCAGACCGUCAAAAAACAAAACAUUAACAAGAAACAUGUUUAAUUGGUACAUGGAUUUGCUAAUGAUACGAAUCGAUGGGCUGUUUUAUAUAUUUUUAAAAAAUCUCUUUUGUCAUCACAAUCUCGUCCUGUUAAUAACAUUUAACAUACCAAGCAAGGGGCAAAACACGUUGUUAAUUUAAAAUGCAUUAGCAUUAAUAUAACAUUUUCGUAUUUCACGGAAUGCAGCAAAUUACAAAUAUUUUGAGAGAGAAAUUUUGAUGAGAAAAAAAGCAUAUUCUCCUUGAACAUUUUAUAAUGUUAUCAUAAAUCAUUAAGACUACAGUUCCUAUAUUGAUGCGUUUGGGGUAAUGAUUUACAAUUUCAUAGUGUCUGGUAUACUAUUUGUCUAAUGACUGUGCGAUUAAAUUCACUUUUUAAAUGACCCAUGACUCAUUUCAUGGUAAUAUAUCGAGUCUAUGUGUUUCAAUCCGUCAAAUGUAAUUGAAUAACACUGCAUUUAAAAUGUCUCAGCCUGAUUGUGCCACAGCUUUUAAAAAGGUAAUGCUCAACUUGGGAGUUUGUACUAUAUUCUGCUGAAAACUUGAAUUAAUUCGCAUGUGAUAUAAAUCGACGAUGUGGAGU